AUGCCGGUACUACUUCUAGGCCUUCACUACAGUUCUUUUGUAUACUUCUCCCCUGUAGAUUUCUCUGAAAGAUCUGUCAUGUCGAUCUUCAGCUUUCCUGACCUUGUAGAAUGCAGAUUACCUGGUAGAGAGACGAGGAUGUUGAAUGGACUCUUUCUCGACUUCCCAGUAAGCAACCACUUGGAGCUCUGCCUGCAGCGCGCACUCACGAGGAGCCUCGACAUGCGGCCGGCCCAUGGUGGCAGCAGCCACGACUUGUUUACUAAAGAUAUUUUGCUUGGCGGCUGGAUCUCGCCCUUGAUCGCAAGGAGAUUAGCACAAAGCUGCAGCGGGAUAGCUGGCUGGCUUUAA